AUGGCUGCCACCUGCGAGAUCAGCAACGUUUUCAGCAACUACUUCAACGCCAUGUACAGUUCAGAAGACCCCACCCUGGCUCCCGCUCUUCCAUCGACUAACUUUGGCACCGAUGACUUGUUAGUGACCCUGAACCACCCCCAGAUGUCGCUGGACGGUCCGGGACCUCAGACAAGAUCCCAAAGGGACAUCAGAACCGGGUCCUGUGUUGACCCUCUGGCUGUACUCCACCUUUCAGAGAAGGCAAGCUGGUCAGGGGAACAGCCCCAGUUCUGGUCGAAGACGCAGGUUUUGGACUGGAUCAGCUACCAAGUGGAGAAGAACAAAUAUGAUGCCAGUUCCAUCGACUUCUCGCGAUGUGAUAUGGACGGGGCCACCCUCUGCAACUGUGCCCUUGAGGAGCUACGGCUGGUCUUUGGGCCUCUAGGAGACCAGCUCCAUGCCCAGCUUCGGGACCUCACCUCCAGCUCUUCUGAUGAACUCAGCUGGAUCAUCGAGCUGCUGGAGAAAGAUGGCAUGGCCUUCCAGGAGGGCGUAAGAAACUCAGGCCCCAGUGAUCAAGGAAGAAGCCCUUUUGCCCAGGAGCUGUUGGGUGAUGGCCACCAGGCCAGCCCCUACUAUGGUGGUAGCUACGGCCCUGGAGCGCCCUCCCCUGGUAGCUCGGAUGUCUCUACUGCAGGGACCGCUACACCCCAGAGCUCCCACUCCUCUGACUCCGGGGGAAGCGACUUGGACCUGGAUCUCACUGAUAGCAAGGUCUUCCCUAGAGAUGGCUUUCCUGACUAUAAGAAGGGGGAACCCAAACACGGGAAGAGGAAACGGGGGCGUCCCCGAAAGCUGAGCAAGGAGUAUUGGGACUGCCUAGAGGGCAAGAAGAGCAAGCAUGCCCCCAGAGGCACUCACCUGUGGGAGUUCAUUCGGGAUAUCCUCAUCCACCCCGAGCUCAAUGAAGGCCUCAUGAAAUGGGAGAACCGGCAUGAGGGUGUGUUCAAGUUCCUCCGCUCAGAGGCCGUGGCCCAACUAUGGGGCCAAAAGAAAAAGAACAGCAACAUGACCUAUGAGAAGCUGAGCCGGGCCAUGAGGUACUACUACAAACGGGAGAUCCUGGAACGGGUGGAUGGUCGGCGCCUAGUCUACAAGUUCGGCAAGAACUCCAGUGGCUGGAAGGAGGAAGAGGUGACAGAGAGUCGGAAUUAA